AUGCAACGAUGCGGCGGGCAGAACGAGCUGGCAAUACUGGAGUUCAUCCACUGCAUCGUCGAGACCAUGGACCGAUACUUCGGCAACGUGGUCAGUCACACUGCACUGCACUGCAUGCUCACCCCCUUGCACCCCCUCCUUGUUGAAAGGCAUCUGUCUCCCCCUUGCUUCCUCUGUCGCUUCUGCUCUUCCCGUGGCCUCCUCUCGUCUGCUCUUCCCCGCCUCACCCGUAUUUGCAGCGCGAGUGGUAGCAUGUUUCACGUUGUCCCUUCUCCAUCUUCGGAUGUGACUUCAUGUCUGUCGUUUGAGGUGGCUCAAAACCGUCACAAGUUCGACGUCGUUGUGUCGAAUACGCGUGUUCCUGUCCUCAUGCCCAACCUAUGCUGCUCUGCUAUAGCUAUCAUCAUGUUCCCUUGCGAGCUGGACAUAAUGUUCCACCUGUCUCUCCCCCUCCCCCUCUGCCCCAUGGCAGUGGGAGCUGGACAUAAUUGCGAGCUGGACAUAAUGUUCCACCUGUCUCUCCCCCUCCCUCUCUGCCCCAUGGCAUGCGAGCUGGACAUCAUGUUCCACCUGGAGAAGGCGUACUUCAUGCUGGACGAGAUGGUCAUGAACGGCUGCGUCAUGGACACCAACAAGCUCAAUGUGCUUGCUCCCAUCCACCUCAUGGACAAGUCCUCGUAG